AUCUAGGUCACUUUGCACACUGAGUCACUUUAUGGCGUAUUUUUGUAUUUAAGAUUAAUAUAUCCUAAAAUUACAGCCAUCCAUUCCACGUACCACUGAGCAAAGAGUAAAAUUACAGCUGCGUUACAGAUCUCAUAUCUCUCUUAGAAAUCGGAAACUACAUCGCACGGUUCACUGUUUGUUUUAGUACAAGCUUAAACAUCAACAACGAUGGCGGACGAACGGUUUGGCAUCGUUGACUACGUAGUUUUCUCCGUGAUGAUGCUAAUCUCCGCCUUGAUCGGGAUUUGGUACGGCUGCGGCCCUGGUGGAAAGCAGAAGACAACGGCUGAGUACCUUUUGGGAGACCGCCAAAUGAAGAACUGGCCGGUGGCGAUAUCUCUCCUGGUGUCCUAUCUAUCGGCGAUCACCCUGUUAGGGGUACCAUCCGAGAUUUACACUUACGGAGCACAGUACUAUGUCCUUAUAAUCUCUUACUUCAUCAUCUGUUUCACGGUGGCUGUCAUUUUUGUGCCCAUGUUUAGGAGAGUGAACAUCACUUGUGCGAAUGAGGUGGGUGUAAAUUAUAACCUGUUCAAAAUACAAUACGCUUAAUUAAAUUUUUCCAACUAAGUUGGGCACUGCGCAUUGGUGCAAAUUGUCGUGUGUGGGUUCGUAAUAUUUUUUACACAGCUCUGCAACGAUGUACUACCUUUUUCAUAUUGCAUUUUUUUAAAAUAAAAAGUGGAUGUUUUGAAGAUUGCAAGUUCCUAUUCUUUUUCUUUGUCAAUGUUUACUCUUCGGCGGCACCUAUCAUUGCGUUGACAGCUGAGUGUAAAAAUUCCUCUCUCGCCGAUGCAUUGCCCAGGAACGUUUAUCUAAAGAAAGCGAAGAGUAAAAUUCAAGGAAUAGUUAUUGUUUCAAAUUAAUGGCAUUUAUGAAAUCUUUCUUUCUAAUUUUAUAAAUAGACUGCCUUUUUGAUUGAGGGUAGGUUAUCAGUAAUGGUAUUGAGAUUGUGCCGAACACCAAAGCGCGUUGGCGAAAACAACAAUUGGCAUGGUGUGAUCUAGGUAACACAAUUAUUUUUGGGAAAGUAAGAGGCCAAAGGUCAAUGAAUGUGUUGUUGUUGUGAUGCUAAAAGAUUUUUGGGCCACAAAAUGAACGUGUACAAAUGAAGUUUUAAAUUAAACUUCAGUUAGAUGGUCUACAGUUCCGGAUGAUCACGUUACGUUAUUUAUUUAGGUGGAUCUGUGAGGUUGUCACGCAGCUGUCAGUGCUGAUCGUAGUUUUGAGCCCAUCCCGUGAACGAAGGCAAUCGAUUCUUUCAAAAACGCGUAAACGCUUACGGGUGACUAGCUCCCAAUUUCUCUUUACAAUAUCUAUCAAUGCCGAAUCAAAUAUGAAGGUCACGAGAACUAAGGAAAUGGUCACAAAACAGAGAAUCUCCUGAUUGCUCCACAAGCACUCUUUGUUUAUAUAUAAGUUCUUAGUUUUUAUUGCGAUUUGAGCCUGAGAACGUUCUUAAUAUUUUCUUGAAGUUUUGUUUUAUAGUGUUUCAAUAAAUCAAUCUCAAAAAAUGUCGCUAACACGAUGUGCUGUAUCGUGACAAAGUGCAGACUACUGGCGCAAGUGUCACGUGAAAAAAUAUUUUUCUCGAUUUGCGAAAAUUUUCUGGAUUUUGGAAAGAUUCUCGGAUUGUAAACUAUUUUCUAUUUUCAUGAAAUUUGUUUGUGAAUCUAUGAAUUUAAACAGGAUUUGAAAUUGUUUUCUUGAUUUGACAAACUUUUCAAAAGCGAUUUUUCUAAAAGAUACCGUGAGAUUCGGAAUAUUUUUUCGGAUCUGCAAAAUAUUUUUGGAUUUACUGGCUUCUUAAAUCUUCUUUCUGAUUUUUUUCUUUUCCACACAAACACCACCCCCCCCCCCCUACCUCUGUUAGCGCCAGGGUAACUCCAAAUGCAGCCAAGUAUAUCCAAAUAAGGUUUGUGUUCAAACCGACAACUGACUAAACUUUUUUUUUUUUACCUUCUAACAGUAUCUUGAACUACGCUUUAGUGUUGGAGUUCGAAUGGUGGGAUGCGUGUUCUUCAUUUUAGAAUACGUAAGUACUUGUUUGCAGUUUCAAUGAUGUAAAUAUGGCGAUCUAGUUAAACUUUUUCGUAUGUUGUUUUUUCCAGACUCUUUACUUGUUUGUUGUCCUGUACGCACCUUCACUCGCUUUAGAGGCUGGUAGGUAACAACACGUUUACUUAAGUGGCGUUUUUACACUGAACUAUAAAAUUUCCCUUUCCGUCCUUAAAAACACCUACCUCAAAAACAUCUGCGCAAGUUAUGUAAGAGCUCACCACAACUAAUCUCUCAGUUAUUUAGCGGGCUGUAUUUCAUUGUACGGCCCGCUAAAUUCAAAAGUUUAUUCAAGUUGAAUACGAAUCUUUCCUCUCUAUUUGAACCCAGAGAUAUAAUAAAUAACUAAUUAAACUUGUUUUCUCGAUCCGCAUUGCAAAUCCGUAAGUUAUGGAACAGAACGAACCAACAGUACGGACCUCGACAUCAAUUAGUGAGAGGUGAACGGAAGUUGCGUGACAUGACACUUUACGCACUCACGGCUGGGUUAACAUUCAAAUAGGAGACGUUCUGAUUGGGGUGAUAGAUUUUACGAGAGAGUAUAUUAAGUUUGCGACGUGGUGAAUACUGGGUAUUUAAAAUAGUUUUCAUAUUCUUGUUCAUUUUUCUAAUCCAUGGUGUAAUUUUUAUAAUCAGUGGCUGGGAUUCCACUGACGGCCUCUAUCCUGACCACCGGGGUGGUUUGUACAUUCUACACCAGUCUGGUAAGUAAAUAAUAGGGACACAUCAUCAUCAUCAUAUCCAUCAUAAAACCAAGAAUCUGAUAGGUGCAUGUGAAUAAAACGCCUUAUUACACGCACGUUUGUUUUCUUUUGGUUAGUGUUGUCUGUUUGUUUGGUUUUUUUUUAUUAGGGCGGAUUGAAAGCCGUGGUGUGGACCGAUGUAUUUCAGUCAGCGGUUAUGGUAGGAGGGCUCAUCACAGUUGCGGUCAUUGGAAGCGUCGAAGUCGGUGGAUUGGCAAAAGUUUGGGAGAUUAACGAACAUUUUAACAGAACCACAUUUUUCGAGUAAGAAACUGGCUGAUUAGACUUUUAAAAAAAACCUUUCAUUUUAGUGCUGAAUCGUUUGGCCUUUCCGAUCCAUCGACACAUAUUUCUGCUGAUAUAAGUUAUUUCAGGGGCCAGGGAUUUUCCAGGCGUAGACUGAUGUGUUACUGGCAUUUGAGGAAGUCUCAUUUCAGAGCACCUCUUUACUAAGUGUUGCGAAAAAAGCGUCAUUAUAAACCAAUAUUAGAAGGGACCAAUGAGAACUUGAAGUGAGUACCAUUAAACGACCAAAGCGUUUUAGCAUUUCAAGAUAAAAACUGUCUUCAUAAGUUUUCAAUUUUUUAAUCAUCAGAUAACUUUUUAUUUGUUUAUAACAUCAUGGUGUCAAAUCAAGUUUUAUCCUCUGGGUGAUAUUUUUUGUACUUCUUAUCACCUUUCUCCAAAUAAAUAUCUAAACAUUGGAACGAGAAAUUCCAAUUUAGAUCUCUCGAAGAAAGGGGGAAGAGAUUAAAAGCUGUGAUCGAUACUUAUACUUUCUAUCUCUUUUUUUUAUGUGGUCAUCGCUAUUUUCAGUUUCAAUCCAGACCCCAAGGUACGAAACACAUUUUGGACUUUAACCAUCGGCGGUGCUUUCACAGCCAUGCCCGUGUGGACAGUCAGCCAAACUGCUGUUCAACGGUUUCUUGCCAUAAGAACAUUGAAAGACGCUAAGAGGUAACCAAGCUAUCUUUUACUGAAAUUAUUUGUUGUUUUUCCUAAUUAUGACAAACAAGACGCACGAGUCCUCAGACUAUUUUCUAAAAAGGGAUUAACUCUGGUAAUCUGUGGCUUCCUUCUUAGCCAAGUGCCAGACUGUGAUAUCAACUCUGUUUAUUGUUGAUUUAUCGUGUUUCAGGGCUGUGUGGAUGAACGUUCCUGGUCUCAUUGUGAUCGUCACUCUGUGUUGCUUGGAUGGACUCGUUAUAUUUGCUGUGUACUCAGGAUGUGACCUCAUAAAAGACAAGAAGAUUACCAGCAAUGACCAGGUAAAAGCUUUGGUUUAUUACCAUCCUAACAUUCCCUGAAUUUUUGGAAAAGUUUCACCUCUGUACCCAAAGUAGUUUUGUGCUCUUCUCAGUAAGGUGCGGUCUAGCGGCCAUUGAGUUUUAGUCUUGUUACAAUCUGAAUGGAGCUGAUAAGUUGACUGAAUGACAGAUGGGUAAACAGGUAAACCGGCAGCAGAGACAGAGAGAUCGACAGACAAACAGACAGAAAAACAGGCAGAAGGCAAGGUGAAUAGACAGGAAGGCUGGAGGCUGUCCUAUCUUAGCACCAGUUCAAUUCUGCCAAGUGACAUAUCUCGUUCUGGCCGACCUGGCCCUUUCCUUGUAUAGGGGCCAUUCACUUUCCAGUUUUGUAUUAAAGUGGGCAAUCAUUGCAGACCUCUGACAUUGAAAACGCGUGAGAGAGAAUAACUCGCACGCCUAGAAGGAAUGUCCCUUUACUUUCCUUUAACCUGCGAGGCAGUCUCUCACCAAGAGCGUAACAAAGACGUGUGCACGAGGAAAGACACGCUCAAGGGAGCACCUUUCCUCGUCCUCGCGUGACUUCUUGAUCGUGCAUGCAGGUCUAAAUUACACGCACCCGAUAACUUUAAGCGCCAAUUUCACAGGCAUCUUCGCCGAAUACACUUAAGCCUGCAGCAACCUUAACCUCUCCGCCUUAAUUUCCGUUACAAUUUUCUUUCAUCACAGACGCUGCCCUACUUUGUGAUCAACAAACUGCACAACUUGAAGGGGUUGCCGGGAAUGUUUACUGCCUGUCUCUAUGCAGGAGCUCUGAGGUGGGAACUGGAUGAUAAUGAAAACCAUGUUGUACUUUAAAGAAGCGAACGCAAGUUCUGUUUGUAUAAAAAGAUUUAAAGCACGAUAAGGUAUCCAUAAUUUUCUUUCUUUUUCUUUAGUACCGGAUCUUCUGCGCUGAACGCCAUGUCAUUAGUGAUUUUAGAAGACAUCAUCAAGAAAAGGGUGAAGGAUUUAACUGACUCAGAUGCCGCCAGACUCUGCAAGAUUAUCGGUAAGUAACCUCACCCCUUUUACUUCCAAGAUCUAAACAUGAAUUCUUUACACUGUCUGCCAAACAUCUCUCAUACGCCUAGGAGGGUCCCAACGGGGUAAACGUUAGCCGUAAAACGGCCAAAACACGUAGCCGUUAGGCGUAAAAAUCGACAAAUUUUACCCGUCAGUCGUUUAAAAAGUUAACCGUUAAAAAUGUUUUCUUUCUAUAAUGUGUCAUUUUUAGGUCGAGCGUUGGCCGUAAAAUGGCCAAAUUUAACCGUUUGGUUUUAAAAGCCAUCACUUUAUCGAGACCCUCUUCUACCUUUAGUAGAAUUUGUUGAAUAUCCAGUGCUGGUAAUUCUCCAUUUGAUGUAUUUCUUUCUUCUCAUCACCAAAAGAUUAUAUGGACAUUGUGAUUGUGAGGAGAAAUUCUUCCUUGGUCAUCCUGGGGUGCGACAGGGGGAAUAUAACCUACCAAUCUCGGCAAAACUGAGACUCGUAUAGACUUUGUAUAUAUCUGCACCGGCAAUCAGCACCAACCUCGAGUACCAUGUAAAUAAAAGUAAUCACUAACGGCCAAUCAGAACGAAGGCGAAUGCGAUGUAUGGUGAGGGGCCAAUCAGAACUCAAAGUGAUAACCUGUAAAGGACAUAAGCGGAAAAAUGCGAGUAACCAAGUUACAUUUGAUUAUUUGAUGUGAAAGAGGCGUGAGUCUUCUUCACCAGUCACAGAGUAAAAAAAAACGAAACGAAAAAGAUGUAAUUCGCAGGACUACUUUCGAUUCACUAGGUGACAACCUGAACAAAGCUAGAUUUAAAUGGAGAUAAUUACCUUUUAACUAGGCAAAAUCCCUAUUUUCAUGGAAAAGUUGCCUUUGAUUGUAUGUUUUGUUAUUUUAUUGGCAAUCUAGGUAGUUUCCUAAUUUUGAAUUCUAUUUAUUUCUCAAGCGGUUGUCUUUGGUGUUAUUGUUAUCGCUGGAGCAUUCAUUGUCAAGUACGUGGGCACUAUGGUUCUACAGGUAAGUACAAGAUGUUCUUCGCUUAGUACACUCAAUUGAUGCUGACGUGGGGGAAUGGGGGAAGGAUUGUCAAUCUACGCUCGACUGUAUUGAUGUUUGCCACAACUCACGAAUUCGAGGGAUCCACUUAGCCAAAAUCUUUUCCAGCGCUAGACACUGUAUUGCCGGUUCUCCUCGCUGUAUGAGCUAAAGCUCUGGUUAGAUAAGUAAACUGUGAGCUAUUGGUAUGAAUUACUAGUAUCUAUGAGUAAGUGAAAAAAAAUGAACGAGAUUGUACGCGCUUAAUAGAAAUGGGUGAUCUGAAAUGUGUUUUAUAUUGACUCGUUUUAUCAGCUCGCCUACAGCAUCUUUGGAAUUUGCGGUGGUCCAUUACUUGGUAUUUUUCUGCUGGGAAUGUUUGUACGCCGUGCAAAUUCAAAGGUGAGAAAACACACUAAAAGGUGAUGAGAAAGGGGGGGGGGAGUUCGCACUGACACUGUCCUAAAAUCAAUAAUUAAGUUAUGAAAAUACAAAUAUAUUUUCGCCGUCACGCCACAGUUUGUCCGCCUGUCGAAAAUUUUAAGUUUUCCAUUUUCAACCUUGGUUUACCAUACUCACUCCAUUAGCUCCAUUUAGUAUGUUCAAGGCAUAUUUUUACGACAAGUAAAUGACUCAAAGUUUUCAUUAUAUAGUGGCGUGUAAAGUUCCUUUCAUAGAUACGUGACAUAAGUUACUAACUCUUCGAAUAUUUUCCUACAGGGAGCCUACGCCGGUGUUUUCUCUGGGUGUGCAUUAACUGCCUGGGUUUUCUUGGGUUCGGUUUUCUAUCCUCCGAACAAAUACCCCGGCACAACUUCAGUGAGGGAAUGCCAGUUCUAUAAAGACGCUGUGUACUACACCAGCUUGGAUCACAACGCAACCAUGAGUCUCAACCUGACUGCAGAAAUACUGAACAAAUCGCAGGCAAUUUUGGACCAAUAUGGCGACGGGUAUAUUCACAACCCUCAUAAACCUCAUGGGUGAGUUGUACUGUACACGAGAUAUCGUUCUCAGUCUCCUUUGGGAGUUACUUUUAUCAGGAUACACCUCACAUUAGAACUUGGUUUUAUCAACUGAGUUGAUAAUGUAAAUUGGCCACCGUAAGGUUUCUCUAAAGAUGACGUUUACAGAAUUAUCCAUUCGUCGGAACAAAUUUACUGACGAAGAGCUGUCGAUCUAAAUGUCAGCUUUAGAAACUCUUAACGGUGGCCAAUAGACAUUAUCAACUCAGUUGGUAAAACUAGAUUAUCUUGUAAGGCCCACAAACAACGCAGUACCACAGUUUUUUCAGAAACUUAUCCCCUUUACACCUCACACUGAUUGUUUGCUUAUAUUUUCUUUCAUCAGCAUUGGCAUUGCGGAUGAUUUCUAUCACAUUUCUUACUUGUGGUUCAGUGGACUUUCUGUACUAACGUCAUUUGUCGUGGGUGUGCUCGUAAGCCUCGCUUUUGGUAGGUACUAAUAAACAAACAGACCAUCGAUGCAGUUUUUGGCUAGGCUUGUUCUCUGCAGUGUUGCGAUAUCUGAGGCCAUAUUUGAGACAACUUCGCUUGUCUUACUCUUCAGAAACUAAAGAGGACCGCGAGAGAGAAAUCGACCCCAAGCUGAUGUUUCCACUGAAGGAAUGGUUCUACGGGUUCUUACCAGAUCACUCGUUUAGCUGGGGCCUGGACGAAGAUGAGUCUGUGGUGAAAGAUUAUGCUCAGAGGGUACUUUAUAACUAAUCGCAUAAUCCCCUUUUCCCCUACCAACUUUCUUCUGUUUGCUGUCGUUAAAAAGACAGCUCGAGGCAGGUGUCGCAAGUCAGCGCACGCUUCAAAAAACUAGCAUGUCAUGUAAUCUCCUGAAAUAAAGAUAAUGAGUCAAACAUAACACUUGUGGUAGGAGCAUGCGACAGGCUCAAGUUAUCUUGAAGCUCUCACUUACGGCUUACUUGGUCGUGUGAAGUAGUUCAAAAUAAAGUAUCUCAGACAUUUUUGCCCUGGAUAUCUCGGAAUGUUGGUAGAAUGAUUCCUGCUGACUACUAGGCUAAGAGUUUCUAGUUAACGGGACUACUGUAAUAAAGGGUCAUGGGACUUGUUCGUCUUUUAUUGCUUUGCGUUAUGUUACUUUAAGUUUACUUACGCCACGGCACAGUGCAGUACGGAAUGUUACUGAUGUUAUGUUGUGUUAUGUGCAGCAAAGGAGGGGGAGGUGUUGAGGCAUCCACGGGAGACAAAAGACUCUUAAUGCUUCAGUUGAAUUUAAACAGCUUUUAUGAUUUUUCAAUCUUUAGGAAAUCGUUAAAGGUGAGUUUGAUGAUCGACCAUUGGAUGAAACUGCGAAAGACGGAUACAGCGGAAUGUAUAAAAAACGUUACCGUGGACACAGUAUUCUGGAUGAUGAAGUCACUGAAGAUAACGAAACACAGUUCUAAGAAGCAUAGAAUAGAAUGUUUUUUACUUUUAUGGAAAGCAGUUGGCGUAAACAAAUAAAAGGAAAUAAUGUUCGCUGAAAGGCUGAUCGUUCUGGAAACUUUAACAAGUCCGUGACUCGGGUUAUGACUUUGAUUAGAAUGAAGUUUCUGUAUGUAUCAGAUUGACUUGGAGUUGAGUGUAAUUCGUGCCUAUUUCACCAAAAAUAGCCAGAUAUAUAGAAGAUAAUGCAUGGGUGCGCGUAGAUGCACAAUUUCUCUUCGAGUGUUCAACUCGAUAGCUCACAUUUGAGCGCAGCAAACGAGUGAGAUGUCGAGUUGAACACGAGAAGAGAAAUUCCAUAUUUACCAUCAGCCAGUAAUACUUUGUUUAUUAUAUAAACACAAUAGCCCUUUACUAACAAGAAAAGUCGACUUUAUUAAUGAAUGAAAAUAAAAGGAUUGACAAUCCCCGAAUAAAAAUCAUAAAGUGCGUUGGUGCUGAAGCUCAAGACGGAAAAAUGCGUUAAAUCACAGUGAAAACAACAAUGGGUGUAAUUUCCGAUACACAAAAUUCUCAUUUAUCGACUUUGUCCUUACCGAUAUAUGAAGUCUUUUAGGUACACGUACGGCCAAAAUUGUACAAAAUCAGCCUGUGUCAAAUCUUCCAGCAGUCGAUUUUCGUUCUUAGCCGCGAGGAAUACCAUUAUCAAAGCCACUGAAUACGAAACUUUCGGUUUUUCUUUUCGUAUCAUGGUUUUCUUCCCUUUCUAGGAAAGUUUCACGUCCUUGUCUCUGAGCAAAUCGGAUUUCCAAAUGUUGUAACAGCCACAAUCCGAGGACAUUGAUAAACAACUAUGUUAGAUUGAGCAUGAUGAAUACUUUGCAGUUCAUUCAUCAACCUGACCAAGUGGCGCGAAAGGCAAGUGAUGUGUUAGCAGCUGAUUGGCGAUAUCAAUCACGUGAAUUUCCGAGUCGGGUGAUUAUCGGAAAUUGUCGGCUAUUGUAAUAUGGCGGACUAUUACAGUAACACCAUUUGCGAUUCACCAACAGACAAGCGACGUGAUUGAACCAGACAUGAACAUUAUAACAUACUUUACAUGUGAAGAAUACAUUGUUUAGUUUAAAUCAAGGAAAUUUCGCUAAAUUUUGUGUGGCUGUUUCCUUCACUCUCGUCAAUCUUAAGUUUCUUGUUCAGCAGAGUUUUAGCUUAACAUUGUGUAGCCGCUCAGACCUGCGCUUGCAAAGGUAAACAAAACUUAUGGAUAGUAUCGCCACUAUAAUGCCCUUUUCAUAGUGCUACUUGUUGCAAAGAUCACCAGGAUGAAAUUACUAUUGUCUUGUAACUCUAGACGGUAGGAUCUCAGGAGGCUUAGAAAAUACCACCGGCUAGAGGUACAGUUUGCAUAUUUAGUCACCUUUGCUCAAUUGUUACCAAAGUUUGCUUCGCAUUUUACUUUUUCUGCACUCCAAGUUAGACUUACACUCCUUUGAAUCACUUUUUUCAGGAAUACGUAGACAUUUAUUUAUUUUUAUUUGUCUUGUACCUGUAGCUGGUAGGAUCUGAAGGGGCUUUUAAAUACUACCAGCUAGAGGUACAGCUUGCAUACUUAGUAAACUUUACCCAAUUUUUAUUAUGGUUUGCUCCACAUUUGACUUUUCUGCACUCCAAGUUUUAGUCUUACACUCCUUGGAAUCACUUUUUACAAGAGUACUUUUACAUGUAUUUUUUUUAUUUGGUCUUGUAUCUCUAGCUGGUAGAAUUUUAAGAGGCUUAGAAGAUACUACCGGCUAGAGGUACAGCUUGCAUAUUUAGUCGACUUUGCUCAAUUUUUAAAACAGUUUGCUUCACAAGUUACUUUUUCUGCACUCCAAAUUAGUCUUACACUGCUUUGAAUCACUUUUUUUAGGAAUACGUAUACAAUUAGUUAUUUUUAUUUGGUCUUGUACCCGCUCUAGCCGGUAGGAUGUUACGGGGCUUAGAAUAUACUACCGACUAGAGGUACAGCUUGCAUACUCAGUGAACUUUGUCCAAUUUUAAUUAUGGUUUGCUCCACGCACAUUUUGCUUUUCUGCACUCAAAGUUGUAGUCUUGCACUCUUAGGAAUCAUUUUUUUUGUAAAUAAUACAUUUGAUUUUUUUCUUUUUUUUGGUCUUGUACCUCUAGCCGGUAGGAUCUCAGGAGGCUUAGAAAAGAUUACCUUAAAUCAAAAGAAUAGAAUGUAGCAGACAAACUCUAAGUAAUCACAUUUGUAGAAUAGUGCGUAGUGUUAAACGAACUCGACAAGAAAUUCUGACUACGAUGUAAACAGCGAUUAAUUGAAAGAGACCAAUGUUCCAUACAAAAUCAGUUAAAGUGAAUCGCGUGCUGUAAGCGUAGAAGUGUAUGAUGUCAACUGUAUGCCGGUUCGAACUGAAAUACAAAACGAAAAUAGAAGCUAACGUAAGUAACAUAUUUAAGUUAAAAUAACACAAAUGAAGGAACUAUCGCUAACAUUGCAAUAACGACCGUAACAUGGAAGUGUCAAAUAUAAUCGGCACUUAUUUUGAUCAUAAGGAAGGCUGGAAAAUGAUUAUUAAGCUACACGGUGUUUAACUCGGACGAUAGAUAAGGACUUAAUCAAGCGCGAUUCCGAGCAUACAAAAAAGCCUGAGAAAUAAGCCUGAAACAAGGGAUCGAUUACUUACUUGGUUUGCACACGCACUGAAUUUGACUUAAUAGAACAGAUGAGUCACAGUGUAGAGAAAAACUAUGGCCCAAUGCCGAGUAGAAGUUGACGCAGUAGAAUCUACACUUGAACUAAACUAACUGGGUAAAACCUCGUAAAUAUAUAUAAACAAAGAACACGCAAGCCAAGCUUAGCGGUAAUGGCUAUUUCCUAACGGAAAUAGCAGCUGAGGGCUGGUCAACCACGGCAGAUUAAAUAAGUAAGUAAGGCUUCGUUUGAAAGUGACAAUUACUUGAUAAUAUAUACGGUAUAGUAAGUUCCUGCGACAAUAACUGAGUUAACAUCACGUUACAAAAUCAAUAACUACCAGCUAGAAGCACAGCUAGCAUAUUUAGUCAACUUUGCCCAAUUUUUACUGCGGUUUGCCCAUUUUACUUCUCUGCACUCCAAAUUAGUCUUUCACUCCUUGGAAUCACAUUUUUCAUGAAUACAUUGACACUUUGUUCUCUCUUAUUUAGUCUACUGAUAACCUCUAGCUAGUAGGAUCUUACUGGAGGCUUAGAAAAUACUUGAAGUACAGCUUGCAUAUUUAAUUAACUUUGCCCAAUUUUUAUUACGGUCUGCUUCAAGCAGACUGCAAGUUACAUUUCACUUUUUGGUAUCCAUUUUAGUCCUAUACUAUAUUGGAAUCAUUUUUUUCAAGAAUAUCUUCUUGUUCCUUAGUAGUGUACCUGCCACUGCUUACUUGAUAGCACAGCACAAAAGCUAUGAGCAUCAAAUUACUCUUUAUGGGGAAUCGGCUGAAACUAAAUUAGGCAUUAUUUGGCGAUAAGCAAAGGGUUUCUAGUUGGUGUUCAAAUAAGAAACGUUUGAUUUAUUUUUAAUAGUAGCAAUUUUUAUUAAAAAAUUCUGUAAAUAACACAAGCACAGGUUAAUCUCAUUCAUAUAAUUGAAUAAAUUCUGUAUAUAUAAUAGAUGACCAUUCUAUAUUUUCAAGAAUAACUCGCCUUAAGGUUUUCAUACAGUGAUACCUGCUGAUAAAUAUCAUUGAAAUAUAAAGCGGAAAUGUCAAUUUGGUGAACUAAAAUCAUGUUAUCCUAUGAAUACCUAAAGAUAAAUUGAUUUUAGUAUUUCAGACAAUGGUUAGCCUUGUCAACAAUACUUCUAAUCAAACACAAAUAUCAUGAAAAUAGAGACUGUUCCUUUCUAAGAAAUUCCACUCAUAUUUAGGCAGAGUAUUACAUGACAAACUUCGGUAAAUCUGGUUGACAUGUUCAAGUCUAAAAUGAAUUUCAAGUCAAAUUCAUUUAGAACUGGUUAUAUUUGUAUUGAAAUAAAACAAUAUUGUAUUAGCCGACAAUUUCCGAUAAUCAUCCGACUCGAAAACUCGUUACUAGUGCUCCUUGGGCGUACCUCCAGCCAGUAGGAUUUAGGCACAAGCUUUCCUCAGGGCUGGAAAUCCUUGUAUAACACCAUAGUUUAUAUGAUAAAAAGUGAUCUAAUGAUUUUGUAUAUUGGAGACAUUCGAAAUGAUUUGUAUGAGGUGCUAGUUACCUUCGAGUUUCUCAUAUUCUUGGUGAUGUUUACAUUUGUAAGGCAGAUUAAAUAAAGUUCCAUUUUGUGAACAAUACUUUCGACUUUGAUUGAUGCUGUAGUUAGGCACCGAGGGUAUCGAAAUGUGAAAGAAUACAAAUAUCAUUUUCCGUAGGAAAACAAAUUACAGGUGUACUGUUCUGUUGGUCGUACCCUCCGCUCUCUUUAAUCUUCUCUUGGUCGUUGUGUUCUACAGUUCCAAGGUUCCUGUUUACCUGAUUCCUGAUUUUCUUAAUUGUCUCAACAUGACUCAUUUAAUUAUGGCCAAAUCAAUUGUGUUAUGAUAAACAGAUCAACACCCAUCACUGUCAGAUAGAUUUACUGAAUUGAUACCUCGUUUUAGUUACUCACUGUUGAAGCGCGGGAGAACUUGACGAUCUCUUGAAAUAAAUUGGAAGGACACAGUUUAUGACUUUGUAGUUUUGAUAUCAUUGUGUAUUUUUCAUUUACAGACACAGCGCUUUAAUUCCCUUCCUUGGGAAGUGGCGCAAUAAAUACAAUGUUGCAGAUGGAGUACGUGACGCAUAACGAAGAGUAAUAACACAAUUUCUAAAAAGCCGCGGUAAAUUGAUUGACACAGAUAAUCCGUUCCGACUAUGGCCCAAGUGUUUAUUGUUUCCUUUUAUCUAUGCUAAUUCGGGAAAGUUAAAUUACUGGAGGCUUGAAGAGAGGUAGCGAUUGUAAACUGAUUCUUUUCCUUGUGUUGAUGUUUUAUUAUGUGACAAUUGCUGUCUGUUUCAGAAGGACCGCAAGGCUAACAUGCAAAUUAUGCUUUCCUUAUUUGCUCAGGAGUAAGUUCUUCUCUGUUCGCUUUUUUAUUAUAGAUAGCGCAGUCCUCGGAAAUCGGCUCUAAUUGACGCAGUUAUGGCUGAAGACCACUUCAGUAUUGUCGACUAUGUUGUCUUCUCCAUCAUGUUACUUAUCUCGGCACUGAUCGGGAUUUGGUAUGGCUGCGGACCGGGUGGAAACAAACAAAGGACAACGGCCGAGUAUCUUCUGGGCGACCGCCAAAUGAAGAACUGGCCUGUCGCCAUAUCGAUUCUAGUGUCGUUCCUCUCAGCGAUCACUCUCCUUGGAUUACCAGCAGAGAUCUACAUCUAUGGAACACAGUUCUACUUGAUCAUCAUAAGCUACGUAUUGAUUUGUAUACCUGUGAGCGCCGUCUACAUUCCAAUGUUUAGACGAAUCAAGAUCACUUCGGUGAACGAGGUAGGCCAACGAAGUUAGAAAGAAAUCGCAACCGUUACUCAACACCUGUCAAGUAGAGAAAGUGUUAGGGCCAAUUUUUAUGACUAAUUUUUCUGAUCGAGUCAACUUAUCUUCAGCGUUUGAUAAUUUUUGCUUAUUAAAGAAGCUUUUAGGGGUUUAGUUGGAUAGUUAUUAUUAAUUAUCAGCCAGCCUAACAGGUUCUUUUGUGUAUGUUUUGAAAAGUUCACAAACUUAGCCACGUGAAGUUCGCUUUCUCCAUACCAUUUUCACGGUUUCCGCCUUUGUUUUCUUAGAGCGAAAAAAGCCAGCUCUGUAAGUUAGAUAGUAUGAUGAUGAAUUAUAAUAUCUUUGAUUGGAAUGGCACGCAUCUUUUCAUUGCAACACUCACGCAGUUUGUGGUUAAACUUUAACCCUUCUGUAAGAUUAAUGAUGCGGCAAGUGUCAUGAAUCAAGUAUCACCUUUACGACCCAUUUUCUUUUCAUCGCUGCAUGACGCACUCAUUUCCGCCCUGCGCAUGGGAAGAUUUAAGACGAGUCAAGUUGAGCUUGUCUGGGUUCUGACCCUCAUUAUCAUCACUAGGUCACGGUCUUACUAAACCGCUUACAGACCUGUCACCGGCUGCGUUGUUCAAAGCCUCAAAGCGUUGUUCUUUCAUUCAUUCACUCAUUCAAUCACUUUUUAUUCCUUCCUAUUAAUCUGUUUAUCUAUUCAUAUCAUUUUUUUUAUUCAUCUGUUUUCCUUAGUACCUUGACAUGCGCUUUUCUUUUGGUGCAAGAAUGCUUGGCUGUGCAUUCUUCUUGCUAUCGGUGGUAAGUACAUUUUCAUCGAAAUUAUCCUUCCUUUCCUUUCUUUGAAAUGGAAGACAACCAUGGCGUUAGGUAGCAACUUGUUCGAAAAAAGUAACCCUUAAACGUAUAAAAGAUUACUCGAACGAUCCAUUCCCCCGCCCUUCCCGUAGAGCAACCGUUCCGUCCCUUCCCUGAGCAAGUGUAAUUUAAUUUUCUUCAGCCCAAAAAACUCUCAGAGAAGUCAAACAAUACUAUAUGCUCAAUUUUACUUUUCAUUCGGAAGAGCUCUUCUAACGUGCAGUAUGAUACCAUUAUCAACUUUUCCUUGAUCUCUUGCAGACUCUGUAUCUGUUCGUGGCGUUGUUUGCUCCUUCACUGGCAUUGGAAGCGGGUAAGUGAGUUACAAUAAUCACCAUGAUCCACUUAGUGUUGGUCAUCAUGAUCCACUUAGUGUUGGAGGGAAGGAUGUGGGGUAUUCUUGUGUUCUAGUUACUUAGCGCAACGGUUUUAAAAUUGUUGUGUUAGUCAAUAUGGAGUGUUGCCUUUUGUUGACUAGGGUAAAUCGGAGAAAUCUGAGAAUGCCCCAGAGAGGAGGAACUGAUGCCCACUACAAAGUCAACCACAACGCCAAGUUUGAGUAUUGAUCAAAUGUAACAGCCACGUUAGCCUUUUCACCAAACAUGCACUAAAUCCCUUUGAAAUAAAACACAUUCGUCUCUCUUAAGCCUUUCUUUAUUACACCUUUUCCGCAUGAGUCCGAGUAAAUUUCCAUUGAUAAUCUUAAUCCACCUGAUUUGAAUUGACGUCCCGUGCAGAAGAAAGAAAUUAUCUUUUCUUAAUUCCAGUUGCAGGUAUUCCGCUCUCAGUUUCCAUCGUCGCUACAGGGGUUGUGUGUACUUUUUACACUUCUCUGGUGAGAACUAUUUCGGUCGAUAUUCCAUAACUUGCUUCAUUUUGUUUUAAAACGAGUCCAACAUGCAGCACUGAUUACAACCAGGAGGUUCAUGUAUUUGUAGGGUGGUCUCAAGGCAGUGGUUUGGACAGACGUAUUUCAAUCGAUCAUUAUACUAGCAGGUCUUAUUACAGUUGCUGUCAGUGGAAGUUUAGAAGUAGGCGGGCUGAGCAAAGUCUGGGAGAUCAAUAAAAAACACGGACGAAUCAACUUAUCUGAGUAUGUAUGAAAUGCAAAUAUUUGUACAGUUAUUGAUUUACAGUCAAAAGCAUACCUGCUUCCAUUGUCGAGGAAUCUAUACGGACUCCGCAAUCGCUGGUUAACUCGAUAUCAAUCGAAGAGGACUGUAUACCGACUUCUUUUCCAAGUUUUAUUCUCGACGAAUCCGCCGACAUCUUAACAAUUCAUUCAAUCAAUUCUCUCGUUGUAACAGUUCAAACGUUCUCCCAAAUCCAAAUUCCCAAGCCAACCUAUUGUAAUGUGUCUAUAUUCAAUUCUUAUUACCCAAAAGCACGCUUCCUCUACCUUAUUAGGCGGACUAAACGCGUGCAAUUACAAUAUCUCUCUUACAGUAAAUCAACUGCGGACUUUGUUUACAAUAUUAUGACAUAUGUCACACUCUCUAAUGCAAUCAUUUACAAUUCCGUGACAGAAUGAAUAUUUACCAGGACAUUUAAUUAAUGACUUAAUUCGUAACUAAUAUUCCCCGAAAUCCCUAUAGCCUUGCCAUACUAGUCAAAAUACAGGCCGACUUAUUACGAGACAUUCCGAGUAGUCCCGACAGAAGUCGAAAUUACUAUCAUGACUUUCCGAUUUGUGCAUCAGAUGUACACUAGUAUUACUACUGGGACAGGGGACACUCGUGAAAGUUAUACCAUCGAGAUGGAUUUAUCAGGCAAAAAUCCUGCAUGUUGGAAAGAAAAUGCUCUUGCGUAACACUGAGUAGAUGCAGAAAAAGAAUGAGUAAUGUUUGAGAACCUCUUUUCAAUUAAAAUACAAUGAACAAAUUGGCGAGUGAAUACUGCAUUUUUGCUCACACUUAGUUUUGUUGACAUACUCCUUCCUUAGUUUCAACCCAGACCCCCGGAUUCGUAACACGUUCUGGACGCUUACCAUGGGAGGCACUAUCGCCCUGCUCCCAGUCUGGGCAACCACUCAAUACUUUGUACAGCGGUAUCUCGCAGUAAGGACACUCAAAGAGGCUAAAAGGUCAGUUUGGAUAGUUAUCAUAGUAAUUUUUUUCGCGCUCAUGUGACCAACAGGUACGACUUUACAGAGCUAGUUUACGUCCAUGAAGAACAGGAUAAGGUGAAGACCUUCCGAAACGACACGAAGCUAUCCGCAAAUCAAAAUCGCAUAAUUUAUGGUUCACAUUACUCUGAACUCGUACUCAUUUCUUUGCUGUAGGCAGGAGAAAAGAGAUAAGCUUAAUCCUGACAUGAGCCGUCAAAACUUGCAUCUCCUCCAUUAAAUCUAAUUAAAUUGCCUAAAAACUGGCAAUAGAUUUUUGCAGAUUGGGUCCACCAGCUUCAUUACGAGAGAAUCCCGCGUCACAUCCUUGGUUAGGCUUCUAGUCAGUGGAAGCCGCCACUUUGGUAUAGUGCAUGCGCUUCUCACUUGUAUAGUGCGUGAGCCUCUCGCGUGUAUAAGUUAUGCGCAGUAAGGUUGCGCAAUGUAAUAGAAAGAAAUUACUUCUGAAUCAGAGAUCUAACUAAGGAUCUUCAGAGCGCGCAAGAGUACACAACAACAGCUCAGGGAAGGAUAAAAAAUAAUAAAAUAACCCAUUCCUUUAGGAUCAUCGUACCUUCACUUUCAUUACGAGAAGUCCUCCUAUAUCUAAAGGUACCGAGAUUGGAUAAAGUCGAAGUUAACUUUGUUUGGAUACACUCCGUAAGAUAUCAAGAGGGAGUCCACUCCACAAACAUUGCCCUACGACAAGGGCGUCUGCGCACCAUCACCAAAUAUGAAACUCAAAGAACUUUACCAUACCAAAGCAUGUAACUGAAAGAUUACGUCGCCAUUUAAUUUUAAUAAUCAUUGUUGAUAAAAGUUUUUUUUAAAAUUAUUUUUAGUUUUAGAAUUUAAUGUAACAACAUUGUAAUUCAUGUCUAUGCAAGACUGGUGACAUUAAACACAUUAUUACUAUUAUUAGUAUCAUUUUUGAUAUUAUUCCUAACCCCAACGAAUAGUGCAAAUGUGGUCAUUCACCGCAAGCAUUCAGGUUCUCAGCAUUUUGUGUUAUUUGAUGCACUUGUAUUUCUUCAUGCCUUACAGAGCGUUAUGGCUGAAUAUACCUGGGCUGAUCAUUGUGGUAACUAUUUGUACAUUGGACGGAAUGGUGAUAUUUGCAACAUACGCUGAUUGUGAUCUGAGAGAAACUAAGAAGAUCUCGAGAGGCGACCAGGUAAAGAUCAGAUUCAGGGAAAGGAUAUGGGGUUCUAUUCCAGCGCCUUUACAUCGCAAUGUAUAAACAUGUGUGGAUUUUAAAUUCUAUGAAUUAAUACUUUUCUUUGUUUGGAGGAAGGAAGGGUUGUAUGUUUGGGAUCCCCAAAAGCUUUGUACGUGGGAGAUUCGAUCGCCAGCCGCUGUUAAGAAAAACGAGCCCGCAUCCUUAACAAGGAGACCGGACCCGAGAACGGUAGAAAUCGAGAACGAUCGAUGAGAUCGAUCGAAUAUUUUCGGACAAAUCCUACAUGAGAAGAGGCUACCCCUAAUUCUCUCCCCACCCUCUUCAUUUUGAUGUAGUAUCAUCUGCAUGUUGCGAGGCGGGACUCUUAUCUUGCUCAAAAUACUAAAUUAAUUUUGUGUAAAUAGUCAGACGGUUUCUCCGUUAUUGCUGGGGCUAUUUAUAUUCCGUAAUACUGCAAUGGCAAUUCUUAAACUUAGCGUUCUUUUAAUAUAUUAUUUUAGGGAUUAUUCUUCAAAUAUUUUUCAGGUUCUUCCGUAUUUCGUCAUUAACAAGCUUGGACAUCUCAAGGGCCUGCCUGGAAUGUUUACUGCUUGUCUGUACGGCGCUGCUCUCAGGUACCUAGCUUGACAUAUAAUUCUACAUCUUUAUUAGACGCAACACUUCUUGCAUCAUCAUCGAUUAUCCUCCGAGAGACGCCUUUCUAUUCAAGAUCAUUCGCUUGAUACCUCUGAUAAAUCCUUAUUCAGUGUCAGCUUUUCACACAUCAUUACGAUUUUUCAACUUUUCAGGUUCCAAUAUCAACGUGAGAAAAAUACUAACGAAGACCAACUUCCAUUUGGCCACAAAGGAUCUAUUUAGUGCUUAUCUAUUUCUGUAUUUAUUUUCCUACCAGCACAAUAUCCUCGGCUUUAAAUGCCAUGUCCCUUGUGACAGUUGAAGAUCUCAUCAAGCGAAGAAUAAAUUUAACCGACUCUGAAGCCACAAAAAUCAGUAAAGUAAUGGGUAAGAUAACUUUUUACUCAAAUAUCAGUCUAUACACAUUUAUUUAACUCAGGAGCACAAACUUCAAUGCUUCAAUACUUCUUGCACACACUUCUCAGGAAACCCGGUGGGGCGACCGGCGUGUUGCUUUUGAAGUGUUGUUUAUUUUCACGUAUUUUCCCCUCUUAGCGGUCUUCUAUGGCGGAAUUGUGAUGGGUGGAGCUUUUGCAGUGAAAUAUACUGGUGCAAUGGUUCUCCAGGUAAGACGUCAUUUCUUACCUGAGUUACGACAUUUUUCAGCCUGUGGUGCAGACUGUCUCGAAACACCAUAUCCAAGUUAACUUUCAGAACCGAAUCAUUUCUGUGGGUAUUGCACUGUCAGUACAAUACUCAUAUCGCCUUCGGCUGAAUGAGUGAGUGAGUGUAAGAAUGUAGGCCCGCGAUGCAUGCAUGAAUUUCGUUUUCAUGGUUAAAGCACUGCCCACAUGUCCGCUUUGGUGGCCUAUUUUUUGAUUCGGUAACAAAAUCAAUUAAGUAUUGUCAUAUCCAAACGAUCUUAACCGUGUAAUUCUAGCUCUCAUUAGCUUGAAGCCCAUACUUCGAAUUUUCAUCGGCCACAAAUGAUAUAAACUUUGAUGUUCGUUGACUGCCUUCUUUGCUUUAGUUUUGCGGCACUCACCUGGUACGAAAAAGCUCUCAAUCUCAGCUAGCAAGUAAAGUAAGCAGUGAUCAUGUUAAAACAUUUGUUUCAUAUUUUCCUCAGCUUGCUUAUAGUAUCACUGGUAUCUUUGGUGGAGCACUGCUUGCAGUUGUCACACUUGGAAUGUUUGUUCCAAGGAUGAACUCAAAGGUGACUGUUACCAAGCCUUGGCAACGUGUAUAUGAUCCGAAACUUGAAUCGGUUGUUCCCAGUUGAAAUUCAAAUACCACUUCUGAAAACUGUUUGGAGCAAACUUUGAGAGCUUUCGGUUUUAAUUCAGGAGAGGGCAUUUUCAGAAGGGAACGCGCCUUUAACCCUCUACAUCCUAAAAUCAGUAUCCACAUUCUCUAGACUCCUUUCUAUACAUUUCCAUUGGUACUGACAUGGAGAAUUCGCUCAAGUAUGAAAGCCGGGGGCUUCCUAGUUUGGGGAUCAUUUCCCUCAUCCUCAUGAUGUUAAUGAAUGAUUCGGCAGUAUCCAUAUAAAUAAAAAUUCAAUGCUGGUCACUCUUAGGGUUUAAAGGGUUAAAAAAAACUCCCUUUAAGAGCAAACUUUUUUUAAAUGCAACUCGUUGUUGGUAGCAACAUAAUUUUUUUCAAGAGACGAGGUAGCUUGCGUUUUCGAGGGUGCAUAUUUUCCUGAAGUAAACUGUUCUUCGAGAGACAACAUCUUUUGAGGAGAACGCAAGCGAUAUUGGAAUUCUUGGGUCGUAGGUGAUGGGACUUAACUACUAAAUCUUACAGUGAUUUGGCCCCCAUUUGCAGGGUGUCUACUUCGGAGUUCUGACAGGUGUUGCGUUAUCAGCAUGGGUGUUCGUUGGUUCUGUUUUCUACCCGCCUGAUACCAACCCAGGCCUACGUUCGGUAGAGGGGUGUUCAUUUUACCAACAAGCACUGAUAAACGACACACAGGGGAUUCUAUCCAAAUAUGACAAUGGAACCAUUAGAAACCGUUUCAAACCACAUACGGGGUAAGACCAGAUCGCGCCUGAUUUCUUUAGUUAAUUUAUGAUCUUCACUUGCUUUUCGCUCAGUUAUUUCAAACUUACUGUUUCUUUAAGAUAAUGAAGAUUUUAAAACGCUGUAAUGGGAAACUUCGUUUUAAAUGACUCUCCGAAGUGGUUUUGUGUGGCUGAAACUGUUCAAAUAACUAAUACCAUUGUGCUUUUUUUUCCAUUUCCAGCACUCCGUUAGCUGACCUAUACAGCUUGUCUUAUUUUUGGAUUUCUGGAGUGUCAUUUGGUGCAGCAUUCAUUGUUGGAUUGAUUGCAAGUUUUGCCUUCGGUAAUAACAAUAAAAUCAUUGUAGCUUUGAGCUAACGUUCAUGAUUUGGUCGCUAGUUUACUAUUGCAGGGGAUAACCUACAUCAGUUUGCUUUUUACUCAGAGUUUUCUCUUUGUUUCACUUAAGAAACUGAGGCAGACAGGCGUAAGAAAGUGGAUUCCAAGUUGCUAUUCCCAACAAAAGCUUGGUUACGCGGCUUUCUGCCUGGUCACAAAUUCACAUGGGAAGAAGAAGAAGUGGCGUAUCUAAGCCAGGGAAAUGAGGUCCAAAAUAAGGUAAACGUGUAGCCUACCGUGUAGCCUUACCCCCCCCCACCCACCCACCACCAGGAAGAAAUGGAAUGGAGGCUAGUAAAAUUGUCUUCCCUUCCAAAAUGAAGAGCAUGUCUGCGUCAUUGCCGUUUAAAUUUCAAAAACUGCAUCACAGAGGCUCACGCAAGUAACACUUUCAAAGCUUUUUGGAUGAACGCCUAUAGCCUCAGCUAAGGCAGCCAAAACAAUGAAAGGGGGAGGGAUGCUUUUUGUAUUUUUUGAUAAUUGCUCUAUCCAAGAAAAGUUAUUUUGAAAUUUGAAUGAUACACCGAGUUACUCUGAUCAAAACAUGCUAGAAGAUGGUCGUAAAGGAUACCAGUGGCCAAUACUUCAAAGAAGAAUUCGAGGUUUUGGUUACGAAAACAUAUUUUGCUCCUAGAGGUCGGCCUUCCCUAGAUUGACAAUCUUCACGUCACUUAACUCAGAAGGCCUACUUCGGGCUAUCGGGCUAUAUCGGAGUAUACCAAUCGUUAAAGUAAUCCUUGAUUUUCAUAUUUGAUAUCAUUUUCCUCCGUUAUGACCCUGUCUCUAACUUUGUUAUUUUCAGAAACAAGAGAACGAUCUCCUGAAAAACGAGGAUACCAAAUUGUAGUCAGACGUGUUCAUAUGAUCAUUGUAUCAAAAGAUGAUCCAGCAAUAUAUCUACAUAGCUCUUUCAAUGUUGCAUUCAGCCCAUGGUAGCUGAAAAAAGCGGACAUUCGAUUGCCAUUUUCAGCAGUAGCAACAAUAAACUAGUAACCACAAUAACCCAGUAUCAAAAAGUAUGUUAAAGAAACACAUAACUUGGUAUCAUUUAACUUCUUUAAGGCUGAAAGUUUUGACAACAGCCAAAUCGGCAGAAAGCAACACCACAUAGUUUUGCC